AGGGCUGCAAAGAAGAGAUCUCUUAUCCCUUGGGCAGCAGGAGGACUAGAAAUGGCCUUUUUUCAUUUAAUACCCUCAGGUGAGCUUCGAGAUUGGGGAAUGGUUGAAGCUCCUUGAUUCGCAGUCCUGUUGGGAAAAGUCUUGUCGAUGAACUUUUGGAAGGGUGCUGCCCUUGAGGGCUAGCGGCCAGGACCUCUGAGGUCUUUAAUGAGCCUGGUCUCUCCUAAAGCCUUCUUGAUUUUGCUCUGAUGUAAGGAAUAAACUACAACCCCCAGAGUCACUUAGGGCUAACUUACCACGCCUUCCGGGGAUUUGAGUAUUUCCGGCGGAAGUUGCCGCCGCUACGCCAAUCUCCUACCCUAAGCAAAGUAGACUACAAUUCCCUCUGUCCUCCGCGCCCGGGGGCGGGGAAGGGAACCGGAAACCGGAUGGAGAGCUGAACCAGGCUGAGGUCAGAGAACAGAUUAAUGGAUCAAGCUGUUCAGUCAACCCCUGAGGUCCCUUCUGGGAGAAGAGGUUGAGAGGGAGAAGAACCCUGACCCCUGCCCUAUGGGAGGCCCAAACAGGUUGGAAACGUCCAGAGCCUGGCAAGCCCUCAGAAACAAGCAGAAUGCCAAGUGGACAGCUGAACCUUGAGUGAACUCAGGCUGUAGAAAUGGAGAGUUCAUCGGGAAAGACUCCGAGGUAGAAGGUGGCAGUGACAUGGCUUUGCCCCAGGCUUAUCCACUGGGGCCCCUCCAUGAACCUGCGAGUGCCCUAAUGGAGCCCCAGCCUUGCCCUCAAAACUUGGCUGAAGGCUUCCUGGAGGAGGAGCUUCGGCUCAGCUCUGAACUGAGCCAGCUGCGGUUCUCAGAGCCCGUGGGCAUCAUCUACAAUCCUGUGGAGUAUGCGUGGGAGCCACACCGUAGCUAUGUGACCCGCUACUGCCAGGGCCCCAAGGAAGUGCUGUUCCUGGGCAUGAACCCAGGACCCUUUGGCAUGGCCCAGACUGGGGUGCCCUUUGGGGAAGUGAACAUAGUCCGGGACUGGUUGGGCAUCGGGGGGCAUGUGUUGACCCCUCCCCAAGAGCACCCUAAGCGACCAGUGCUGGGACUGGAGUGUCCUCAGUCAGAGGUGAGCGGUGCCCGGUUCUGGGGCCUUUUCCGGAAACUGUGUGGACAGCCUGAAGUCUUCUUCCGUCACUGUUUUGUCCACAAUCUGUGUCCUCUGCUCUUCCUGACCCCCAGUGGGCGCAACGUCACUCCCGCUGAGCUACCUGCCGAGCAGCGAGAACAGCUUCUUGGGGCCUGUGACGAGGCCCUCCGCCGGCAGGUGCAGCUGCUGGGGGUGCGGCUGGUGGUGGGAGUGGGGCGGCUGGCAGAGCAGCGGGCACGGCGGGCUCUGGCAGGCCUGAUGCCUGUGGUCCGGGUGGAGGGGCUCCUGCACCCCUCACCUCGUAGCCCUCAAGCCAACAGGGGCUGGGAGGCUGUGGCCAAGGAGAGACUGAAUGAGCUGGGGCUGCUGCCGCUCCUAAUGAAAUGAGUGCCUACGUGGCCCGGUACGGGACACGUUCAAGGUCCCCAAGUCAUUCUGGGGCAAGCCACGUGCUUCCUGGACCGGAGCAACAGAGUCUUCCCGGGCUCCCUCCCUGGUUUCUGGGACCUGGCGUGGCAGUUUUGACACUACUCUGGCUUGCUGCUUCCUUCACCUUCCUUCCAGCACUGCCUCUGGUCAUGUGGUAACCAACUCCACAGAGACCUGCCAUCUGCAAACUGCUCUACCUCAGUGUUCCCUUGGGAGCCUCUGGUCAGCUGAGAGUGACUUCUGAGGUCGUGUUUGCUGUGUUAGAGAAAAGAUCCUGCCAGGAUCCCCACCCGUCCUCAUAGAACAGCUUCCUUCAAGCUGAGCCUUUUCCUCACAGGGACCAGGACAAAGCGAGAGGCAUGGAUGUUAAGAGGAAACUUCCCCACGGGAGACUGAGGCUGGGUCAGAGAAAGAAUUCAGUGUGGCAGAGUGGGGAAAGACCAGAAGACCCGGAUUUUCAUCUCGGCUUUGAGACUUUACGGCUUUGGGCAAAUCAGCGAACCUCUCCAAGCCUCAGGAUCCUCAUCUGUAAAACGAGGAUCCCUAACUCAUGCGGUUGGUGUGGGGAUUAAGUGAGGGAACACUUGAAAGUGGCUUGCGUAGUGCCAGGCAGGUGGGUGCUUGUUAAUCUCGCUUUCUUGCCUCUUGGGUGGGGCAUUGCUAUAUCACACUACAGCGGGAGCUCCCGAGCUCUGCAGACCUUGCUGGGUGAGGGGCAGAUUCUUGCCCUGCCAGAGAUGGACCAGUCACUUCAUGAAACCCCCAGCCUGUGAUUUUUAGUCUAAGCAUGAAAAGUUCCUAAACCCUUUUGUGUGGUCCUUUUUUUUUUUUUCCUUCCUGCAUAUGAGUCCGAAGUGGUGGUUUAGAUUUUCCCUUCUCUUACCUCUUCACUGUUUGCAAAGGGUUCUCAUGGGUAUCUGGGAAGAGAUGUAAACAGGUCUCUGAUUGCCUUACCAGAGCUUAAGGGUCUCUGUCAGGGGUUCGUCUGCUACUCAGGGCCCCGGGGGAGCAGGCAGUGAGUGGGCGGAUGGGAGCACGGUAUCUCCACCUAACUCAUCUCUUCUGGCUGGCAUGCCCCUUUAGGAGGACUGGGAAGGUGAGUCAGUUUGGGAAUAGGAUGGGUCUUGAGGCCAUCUUAAUGAUGACACACUGGUCGGACUCCCAUCUCCUGGGACAGGGCAUCUCCGGCUUUCAAAAUUAAUAAGAUUUUUACUAUAGGGGAACCUGGCUGGCUCGGUCAGAGGACCACGUGACUCAUGAUCUCGGGGUUGUGAGUUGGAGUCCCAUGUGAGGUGUAGAGAUUACUGAAAAAACAUACAUCUAAAAUAAACUUUAAGAAACGUGAGGUUUUUGUAUAAUAAAGACUUUUUUUUUUUUUUGGUAUAAUAAAGAAUUUGGCUGUUGUCCUUGGGUCUUGGGAGGGAGUCUCUCAGUCCUUGGAAUUUCCGAAGUAAUAGGAGUGUCUUUGUUAUUCAUGGAGUGCCCCUCAACCACACCAGAGGCUAUGCGGAAAUUGACUCUGGAUGAGGGCUGACUGUGCCAGAAAGGCCAACCAUUUGAUUAGAGGGUUGGGGCUAUGAGCUAGGUGAUACCAGCCUGCCCUGGGUGGGGGGAGGUUGGAGUGAGGGCUGGAGAUUGAAUUUAACCAAAUGCUCCAUGAUUUCGAUUGAUAAUAUCUCCGGAAGGGCGCCUGGGUGGCUCAGUGGGUUGAGCAUCCGACUUCGGCUCAGGUCAUGAUCUCACAGCUCGUGAGGUCAAGCCCCACGUUGGGCUCUGUGCUGACAGCUCAGAGCCUGGAGCCUGCUUCGGAUUCUGUGUCUCCGUCUGUCUCUGCCCGUAACCUACUCGCAUUGUCUCUGUCUCUCUCAAAAA